AUGCGCCCGUCAACACUGUUAAUUCUUGCCUGCGCUGCGGCGCUGGCGCUCGGCACCAGUGCCGCGCCGACGGCAGUGGUGAUCGGCGCGGGUGUGGCUGGCCUCAAGGCAGCGGCCGACCUCGCAGCCAAGGGCGUCGCGGUGACGGUGCUGGAGGGAAGGGACCGCGUUGGAGGACGCGUCUGGACCGUCAACACGCCCGGCGGGCCCCUGGAGCUUGGCGCCCAGUGGAUCCACGGCACCAACAACCCCAUCCUGGCCGUCGCUCAGACCCAGCGGUGGCCCACGGUGGUGACGUCAUCGGAGGACGCCGCGAGCUACGAGGCGGUGUCCCCCACCGCAGCCAAGCAGAUCUCCGCCGCCGAUGAUAGCGAGUGGGACCAGCUGUUUACUGACCUGGUUGCCUAUGUGGAGGAGGCCGCGGGCGAGGGCAGCAGCAGCGCGACCCUGGCCAGCGCCAUCAGCGCUUUUGCCAAAGACAAGGGCCUGACCCCCCGCCAGCUGGCGGGCCUGAACUUCAGGGUGGACUCCACCUGGACCCAGGAGUACGCCGCAGAGUGA